AUGCCAGACCCUCAAUUUUUUUGCCUCUUGGUUCUUGUUCUCCUUAUUGGCUCUUCCAUGGCUUCACCUUAUGGUUCUCCCAUGGCUUCACCUUAUGAGGGGCCAUUGUACGAUUCUACUGCUUACACAGAGUGUAAAGAACAUCCGGAAAAGCCACUUUAUGAUGGAGGGAUCCUCAAAGAUUACGUUCCAGAUUUUACACCAAAUAUUGGAAACAAUGGAACAGGAAUUCCAUUGCAACAUCUCACCCAAGGCACCAUUUACUGCUUUUCCACUUGGGUCAAGAUAAAUGGUGCCGAUUCAGCUCUUGUAGGAGCCAGCCUGAUGACAGAGAAUACAACACUAGAAUGUAUAGGGAACGUUGUGGCUAGGCGUGGUUGCUGGUCAUUCCUGAAGGGUGGAUUUAUAUUAGAUUCAUCAUCAAAUAUAUCCUUCCUAAAAUUUCAGAAUUCAGAUGACACAGACAUUGGUAUAGAAAUUGCAGGGGCUUCUUUACAGCAAUUUACUGAGCAGCAGUGGGGAAUGAAUCAGCAGUACAUAAUAAACACUGAAAGGAAGCGUGCUGUGACAAUCCAUGUGUCUGAUGAACUUGGAGAUAGGUUGAAAGGAGCAGUAGUUAGAGUAGAGCAAGUGUCUAAAGACUUCCCAUUUGGAUCUGCCAUAGCCGGGACUAUCAUUGGCAAUAAGCCUUAUCAGAACUGGUUUGUCGAGAGAUUCAAUGCAGCAGUUUUCGAGAAUGAACUCAAGUGGUACACUACAGAACCUAAACAGGGACAGAUCAACUACACUUUAGCAGACCAGAUGUUGGAAUUUCUCCGAGCAAACAAAAUUAUUGCCAGAGGACACAAUAUCUUCUGGGAGGACCCUCAGUUAAUUCCUGCAUGGGUUGUUAAACUAACAAGGUCUGAGCUGCAAUCAGCCGUUGACUCCCGUAUAGAAAGUUUAAUGAGCAAAUAUAGAGAAGAAUUCAUACACUGGGAUGUUAGCAAUGAAAAUCUUCAUUUUGAUUUCUUUGAGCAAAAGCUUGGUCCUAAUGCCUCCUUGCAUUUCUUUGAGACAGCACGCCAAUCAGAUCCAUUGGCAACGCUGUUUCUGAACGAAUUUAAUGUUGUGGAGACUUGUAGUGACAAUAAAACCAGUGUGGACGGCUACAUUUCGUGGAUAAGAGAACUCGAACGAGCUGGAGUGUCAAUGGAUGGAAUCGGUCUAGAGGGUCACUUCGGAGUGCCUAACCGUCCUCUAAUGAGAGCCGUUCUAGACAAGUUGGCUACGCUAAGGCUUCCUAUUUGGCUUACAGAGAUUGAUAUCAGCAAAAUAGUUCCCAAGCAGGAAGUGCGGGUGAGCAAGUAUAUUGUCACUUGUGUUCCCAGUUUCACGGCUGUUUAUCUAGAAGAAGUUCUGAGAGAGAGCUUCUCACAUCCCUCUGUAAAUGGGAUAAUGCUAUGGACUGCCAUACAUCCAAAUGGUUGUUACCGGAUGUGCCUUACUGACAAUGAAUUCCGUAAUCUCCCUGCUGGUGAUGUGGUUGAUAAGCUUUUGAAAGAAUGGCAAACAGGGGUUUUGGAAGGCCAUACAGAUGAACAUGGCGCAUAUAGCUUCUCUGGAUUCUUAGGUGAAUACAAGGUGACUGUUGAUUAUGGAAACAGAACUGCAAAUUCAACGUUCUCACUUUGUCGAGCUGAUGAAACUAGACAUUUUAACAUUCAACUGUAGCUGUUACAAUUGUGGUCUAUAUAUGGCAUAACCAAAGCAUGUUUUGAACUAGUACAUCACUUACAGGAUGGAGAGGAUCCUGUAUCUUUUGCACAUGCUAAGCAAUAUAAUUUUUGGGGAAGCUCGGUUAUGGAAUAUGUAAUGUCUCGAAUUAUUUUUGCAUUUUUUUGAAUUUUUAUUUAUUUAUUUUUUUACGCCUCGUUUUGCAUGCCAUGCGGGUCCUGAGGGCAUUUUGGUUAUUUUCUUAAGCCGAUAACUUUAUAGGUAUAUUUUUAUCUAAUUUAAGUCAAUUAGAAGUGACGGAAUUAUUUAAGAAAUUUCUUCGGAAGUCGGGGCGAUUUUUGGGUUCGAGAAUCUCUCGAUUUUGUCAUUUUGAGUGAGGGGCAUUAUAGUCUUUUUACACAAACACAAAUAUAUAUCUACACUGAGAUAGAUAUUUUUGGGGAUCU